AGGUCGUUGUUGGAAUAGGCACUUUCUGCCAGAGCCUAAAUUGUAAGGUGCUCUGAAUGUUGCUGUUUGAUUCUCAGCGGAAUUAGAAAUCAUGACAAUAAACCCGUUUUUAUUCUAGAAUUUUUUUUGCCGGAAAAUGUCUUCUAUUUAACACAAAGUGCUAUUCUUUCAACAACAGCCCAGCCAACUUUACCUCCAGAGUCCCAUCAUCCUCCACGGAAGAACACGUCCAUGUAGACGCAGAUGACGUGUCUGCCCGCUGCAGGAAAAGUAUCUGGGUUAUGUAGCUACGAAGGCAGACAGAUCCCAGCAAGUUAACGUUAGCUACCUUAUGUCAACUGUCCUAUCUGGUGAAUUCAAAUGCCAGCUAGCCUGUCACCCCCCUGUGUAGACAGAUAUUAACGUUACGCCAAGAAACGUUUAGCUAACUAGGUUCGUCGAGAGAAGAGGAAAAUGUGCUCCCUGCACAGAGCGAGAGGCUCUGUUUUGGUGAUCUUCCUUCUGCUACACAGCGCUACAAGUUUCUAUCUACCGGGUCUGGCCCCUGUUAGUUUUUGUGAACCAGGACAAGCUGGGAAAGAGAAUGAAGUACCGGACUGUAAGUCGACCAUCGAGAUAUUUGUGAACAGACUGGAUUCUGUGGAGUCUGUCUUACCCUAUGAAUACACUGCGUUUGAUUUCUGCGCUAUCGACUCUGAGAAGCGCCCGUCUGAGAAUUUGGGUCAGGUUUUGUUUGGCGAGAGAAUUGAGCCCUCUCCCUACAAGUUUGAGUUCAAGAAGAAGGUGGAUUGUAAGCCGGUGUGUACUAAAUCCUACAACACCAACAAGCCAGAGGACAAAGCCCACCUGGACUUUCUGAAGAAAGGCAUGUUGCUCAACUACCAGCACCACUGGAUAGUGGACAACAUGCCGGUGACCUGGUGUUAUGACGUGGAGGACGGACAGAAGUUCUGUAACCCAGGGUUUCCCAUUGGCUGCUACGUCACUGAGGCGGGACGACCCAAAGACGCUUGUGUUGUCAACUCUGACUUUAAGGACAAAGACACAUUCUACGUCUUCAACCAUGUUGACAUCACCAUCCACUAUCAUGUGGUGGAGAACGAGGCUGCUGGGGCUAGACUGGUCGCUGCCAAGAUGGAGCCCAAGAGCUAUAAACACACCAAAGUGGAGGCCCCCGACUGUGCAGGGGGGCCCAUGUACCUGAACAACAAGUUCAGUGGAGAGCUGAAGAUCGGCUAUACCUACUCUGUCCAGUUUGUGGAGGACACGCACAUCAGAUGGGCGUCACGUUGGGACUACAUUCUGGAGUCCAUGCCCCACACCAACAUUCAGUGGUUCAGCAUCAUGAACUCUCUGGUGAUCGUUCUCUUCCUGUCUGGUAUGGUGGCUAUGAUCAUGCUGAGGACUCUACAUAAGGACAUUGCCAGAUACAACCAGAUGGACUCUGUGGAAGAUGCCCAGGAGGAGUUUGGCUGGAAGCUGGUCCAUGGAGACGUCUUCCGGCCUCCCAGGAAAGGCAUGCUCCUCUCUGUCUUUCUGGGAUCAGGAACUCAGAUCUUCAUCAUGAUGUUCGUCACCCUCUUCUUUGCCUGCCUGGGCUUCCUGUCCCCGGCGAACCGCGGUGCCCUGAUGACGUGUGCCGUGGUGCUCUGGGUCCUACUGGGCACACCAGCCGGCUACGUGGCUGCCCGCUUCUACAAGUCCUUUGGUGGGGAGAAAUGGAAGACUAACGUCCUGCUGACCUGCUUCCUGUGUCCUGGGGUUGUGUUUGCUGAUUUCUUUGUGAUGAAUCUGAUCCUGUGGGGAGAGGGCUCGUCUGCAGCCAUGCCCUUUGGCACCCUGGUGGCCAUCUUGGCUCUGUGGUUCUGCAUCUCUGUCCCCCUCACCUUCAUAGGGGCCUACUUCGGCUUCAAGAAGACCGGGAUUGAGCACCCUGUGCGGACCAAUCAGAUCCCUCGUCAGAUCCCGGAGCAGUCGUUCUACACCAGAUCUCUCCCAGGGAUCGUCAUGGGGGGGAUCCUCCCGUUCGGCUGUAUCUUCAUCCAGCUCUUCUUCAUCCUCAACAGCAUCUGGUCUCACCAGAUGUACUACAUGUUUGGGUUCCUGUUUCUGGUGUUCAUCAUCCUGGUAAUCACCUGCUCUGAGGCCACCAUCCUACUCUGCUACUUCCACCUCUGUGCCGAGGACUACCACUGGCAGUGGCGUUCCUUCCUGACCAGUGGUUUCACGGCCGUCUACUUCCUGGUCUAUGCCAUCCACUACUUCUUCUCCAAGCUCCAGAUCACAGGAUUGGCUAGCACCAUCCUCUACUUUGGUUACACCAUGAUCAUGGCUCUCAUCUUCUUCUUAUUCACAGGAACGAUUGGAUUCUUCGCCUGUUUCUGGUUCGUCACCAAGAUCUAUAGCGUAGUGAAGGUGGACUGAGUAGUUAACCAAAAACUAAACCAAUGGAUUUUCCUGUUUACUCUGCCACGCCCCCUCACCCCUCCCACCUCACCCUCCCUGGGCUGGAGGGACACUAUUUUUACGUUACACCCUGACUGCGUACGGUGACCAGGGCCCACUGGUCUAAAUAGGGAUCCGUUUGGAACACAACCCCUGUCUACUGCGUGGAAGACGCAUUUUUGUCAGAGCAGCAAGACACCAGAGUCUUCCCGUGUGUGUGUGUGUGUACACACAUCUAUACAUAAUGUAGUCUGGAGUGCAGGAAAUACCUGUUGGAGGUCCAGAACCUACUGCACAUCAAUGAAACAUCCCUUAUUCACCUCUGACAAAUGGAAACCGGAAAUCUAGAAGGUUGUGACUAUUAACCCCCCCCCCCCGGUUACAGUUAGUUUCUGUCCCCACGUUGGCGCACGAAGGUGAUUUUACGUUGUCAUUCAAACUAUUAAUAGUGUUGGACAAUAUGAUUGUAAAUAACUUUUUUUCUAAUGCUGAUGAAUGAUUUGGGGUCGUAAUAAGUUUAUAAUGUGCGAUGGAAUUCCUCCUCUAACCCAUGUUCUGGGCUGGUAGUGUAGAUGGAUGAGAGUCCCAAAUGGCACUCCUAGUCUGCACUACAAAAGUAGUCUGCACUAUGUAGGGAAUAGGGUGCAAUUUGGGAUGAACACAUUUUCUCUGGGGUUUGUUUGUUUUUAUUUUGUAUUAUAAAUGCUUGAGUAUUAAUCAACUGGUCUGUUAUUUAACUUUAUAUUCCAAUUACAUAUUUUUCUGUCUUCUUUAUUUAAUUUUUGCCUCAGACACGUGCCUCAUCAGUAGUUCAUUUUAUUUUCAAAAACCCACCGUUUGGGAUUUUGUGAAAGGCAUCAUCGACUUCUAUGUUCCAAAUGGCACCCUAUUCCCUAUGUCGUGCACUACCCUUGAUCAAGGGUUCGGAUCUAAAGUAGUGCACCACAUAGGGAAUAGGGUGCCAUUUGGGACAUCGUCCAUCAGUUAUGUGGGGCUCUGAUUCUUAUAACCUUUCAGUGUAAAUAUACUCUCUUCAUAAAUGAUACUAGUUUCAUUAGUCUGACCGAGCAUCUGGGUUCCUUCUCUCCUUCACUGGUUUGAAAUGAUGUAAUUAUGAUCUGAAAAAUAAGAAAUGGUCCAUUCAAAAUAAAACAAUGUUCCUGUUUUGA